UGUUUUUCAUUUAUAAUCAUGGAUCUUGGUGUGGAGAUGAUGAAUUACAGGGUUUUUCAUCAUUAAAACAAUAUUUUUGGAUGAAUUUUUAAGGUGAAUAUGUAUUCUACAGGUUGCAACCUUAUAUAAAGUUUUUCCUUGAAGAAAAACACGUGGGUGUUUUCGUCCAAUCGUUUUCGCUCACACUUUAAACCUGUGCUUCUAGAACAGGAGGGAAAUGUUCAGAAGGCCUCUCAUGUGACGUGCUUUUAACGAAAUUAAGAACCUCUGAAUUCAGAAGACAAGCAAAAGAUUGCAAAGGAAAACUCCUCCAAAUUUUGAGAGAGCUUAAGCUGCCAAAAAACCCUAGCUAAAAGCAAACAACAAAACCUUUAGCAUUUGCUGAUACUCUCUUUUAAAACUUUGAAACUGGCGGCAACCCGAUGGAGAUGGAAACAGAGACUGCUUCAAGCUUGGCUCUCUCUGAUACCGACAUUAACUGGGAUAGGUUGGACAAGACAAGGUUCCAUGUCAUUGGUGCCAUCCUCUUCACUGUUCAGUCAGCAGUGCUUCAUCCUAUAACAGUUGUGAAGACCAGAAUGCAAGUUGCUGGAGCUGGUUUGUCGCAUAUGCCUGCUUCCUCAGUCUUUAGAGACAUCUUGAGAAAAGAUGGAGUUCCCGGAAUUUUCAGAGGUUUUGGUACCUCAGCUAUUGGAUCAUUGCCGGGUAGAGUAUUAUGUUUGACUGCAUUUGAAGUAUCAAAGGAUUCUGUGCUAAAAUAUACAGAGGACUCAGAUAUGCCAGAGGCAACACGCAUUGCAAUGGCUAAUGGGGUGGCGGGCAUGAUAUCAAAUAUAGUUUCAUGUGUAUAUUUUGUGCCUUUGGAUGUGAUUUGCCAGAGACUUAUGGUUCAAGGGCUUCCUGGGAUGACUGUGUACAAAGGGCCAUUUGAUGUAAUCCCUAAAGUGCUGGCCACUGAAGGCUUCAGAGGACUAUAUAGAGGCUUUGGAAUGGCAGUCGUGACCUAUUCUCCAGUCUCUGCACUUUGGUGGGGUUCUUAUGGUGCUGCUCAACAUGCAAUAUGGAGGGGACUGGGUUAUGGAGAUGAAACAGAACAAAAACCAUCACACUUGGAGAUGGUGACUGUUCAAGCUGCGGCAGGAACGAUGGCCGGGGCUUGCUCAUCUUUAAUUACCACUCCACUUGAUACAAUAAAGACACGGCUUCAGGUAAUGGACGACUAUGGGGAGGGGAGGCCAACAGUCUUAAAGACAGCAAGGAAUCUCCUCAAAGAAGAUGGGUGGAAAGGCUUUUACAGAGGUUUUGGACCUCGCUUUCUGAACAUGUCACUAUGGGGCACCUCAAUGAUCGUCACUUAUGAAUUGAUAAAGAGAUUGUCGGUGAAGAAUGAAUGAAUAUGGUUGAAAGCGCUUGAGAUACGAUCAAUUACACGAUCACACGACAAAAAUGUAGCAGCAGGCCACUCAACAUUGCUCUUGUUUUCAUGAGUGGUUUGAAGGCUUCAUGCGGUCAUUUUUGGGAACGGCUGCCAAAUGGCCAUGACACUGGAUCUUACUUGGGCUGAGUCUUAUAGGUGGUUCUGAGGCCAUUGUUCUGUGGAUUUUAUGGUGCUUCUUACUGAAAGAGGAGCACUGAGCAGAAGAUUUUGUUAACUGAGAUGAGUGAAGGAAUUUAGUCACUCAAGUAUUGUGACCUUGAGGUGAAAUUCCCUUAAUUCAUUAUAGAGAGGUUAAUUGUUCAAUCUUUGCCAUGUUAGCAGCUCAAAGUGAGAAUAGGGAUAUCGUAGUUAUCUGUGAUUGUUUGUUGACAAUGUGAGAUAUUUUUUGAUAGAGAUAUAUUUUUU